UCAACCAUGACCGAAACCUCACCUACCAAACCUCCUCUUCCAGCGUUCGACCCGCAGAACUGUCAGACGUACGCAGCGAGUUGCCACUGCGGUAGCGUACAGUACUCAGUUCUACUCUCGCCGCCGCUGGCCCAGUGGAAGGUUGUAUCGUGCAACUGCAGCAUCUGCACGCGCAACGGCUACUUGCUCGUGUACCCCGAACGGUCGCAGCUACAAGUAAAGAGCGGUGAAGACAUGUUGAGAGACUAUUCCUUUGGUGUUAAGAGGGUUCUGCAUAGGUUCUGUAGUAGGUGCGGGAGUGCGGUCUGGCUUGAUCCUAGGAUGGGCGAGUUUGGGGAUACGCCGCCAGAUCUUCUGGGAAUGAAUGUAGGUGGUAUCUGUCCCGUAGGGGUUGUCAAUGUGAGAGACUCGGGGCUAACCGGAGCAGGUUCGUAUGUUCCAUGGUGUUCAAGCGGAGGAGUUGGACGUUGUCCAUGUUGAGGAUCGAAAUCCAUGAGGGUCAGGGAAUGGAAAUAUGUAAUGAUACAUGGAAUCUGCGUUGUCAUCUGAGUGAAGACGCGCAUGCGCUCGAACGCGCGAUGCUUUCUACGCGAAUGCAGGUGCUCGCGAUGUGAUCUGACCGAAAUAUACAACGAAUAAACGCGUGAAGGUUUCAAGAGUGACGAUGUAGAGAGUGCAUGCGAUCAGGCGUCGUCGCGUCCAUGGCUGAAAUUUCGCGAUGGAAUUGAUAAGAAAGGUGGACAGGAUGCGA